GUGGUGACUACAGGGGCACCAUCCCAGGCUUCAGUGCCAAGGCGAUUCGCUGCGCAGUGCUACCUCAGUCUGCUCCGUGAUGGGAUUUACCGAGUUUUACCAUUACAAAGUGAUCCUCUGAUACAGCCGUCCAUCAUCGCUUGCUUGAAAACAGCUGCGGGAGGAAGCGGGGGUUCCUUGCCCCCAAGAGUUUUAUCAGAAGUGACACUCCAGCAGGAUGGGGUACCUGGCCUGUCCUGUCUGUGAGAGGGAGUCACUGGCCAAUGUCAGCGACCUGCAGCUGCGGGUCGCCACUGCCCUCACUCGCCCCUUGACCUGCCCUAUCUGCAGCGCCUCCGUCAGUGGUUUGCAGGCCUUCCAUCACCACCUGGGGGCUCACCUACAUCCUCAACCCAAUGCUUGUGCAAGCCCUGGCGCUCCCCCUGUUGUUCCUGGGACUGUCGUUUACCCACCUGUCAGUUCCCCUGAGAACAUACCUAAUCUCGAAAAUUUAGACAUCAGCGAUGGAGGAGGGAGCGUCUCUAGCCCAGCCAAACCUCAGGGAGAAGUUGCUGGGGAGAAGUCCUCCACAGCAGACUGUAGCGUCAAUCAAGCACAUAACUGUGACCUUUGUGGGCUUGUUUUCUCCUCUGAACAUUUCUUGAAAAUUCAUAAAGACAUAAUCCACGGUAAAAAUGGUUUCUUUGACGUAACUUGUAAGUUGUGCAGAAAGAAAUUCAAAGAUUUUGAGUCGUACCGUAAUCAUGUUCGAGAAGAGCAUAGUGAAAGAAGGUACAUGUGUGAACAGUGUCCCAAAACGUUCAAAAUGAAAGGGAGUCUACUGGUGCACACUCGCAUGUUCCACGACCCGUCGUCUCCCGGGACGUGCCACGUGUGCAACAAGACCUUCACCACCCGCGCCAGGCGCGAGCUGCACGAGAAGCGCUACCACGGCAUGCUCGAACACAGGACUCACGGCAAAGCGUCUCCUCCCACAACGUCUAGUAAAUAUCAAAAACUGAAAAAUUCUACCCUUGGAGACGCCAAAAAUUGGCUAGAAACACUCAUGAGUGAAAACAAGACUAGUGAAGAGGAGUGCAGGGGGUCGAAGGGAGGGCCUGCAGCACACCAACAGCACAACAUGCUGCACCAGUCCCCGCCACCACCGCCAUCACCCGCGUCACCCUAUGCGAAACAGCAACAGACAAGCAUGAACAUUAUCUCAGAGAGCCACUCAGGGCAACCUUUCAUAGGGCAGCAGCAGUCACAUCCAAGUCCUAGUCAAAGAGCAGAGCAAGCAGAGACAAAGGAGUAUCAAUACCACCAGGAGCAGCAGCAGUUGCGCCAUAUUCAACAGUCCCCGUACGAGGCUCAUAGUUACACCGCCAAGAUGCCAGCGAAGGAGUCUGGGGACCAGCACGCCUGGAGUCAGGAAGUGCAGGUUCAGUCAUACGUCACCCUACAAGAAAAAGUUUCCUCGCCUCAUCAAAGACCUCCGUCUGACUUGUACUUUGCCCCAUUUAAAACUAAUAUUGUCUUUCCAUGCCAGAUGCUUCAAGAAAACCUCAGUCGUUCGCGCCUCGUUGAGCACAGCGAGACGAAGGAAGAAAAAAAAGUGCACAUGACCCCGUAUAGCUCAGCGUCGGAGAGCUCUGCGCCAAGUCGUAUUGUUGGGAGCGGCCACACCCAGAGCAGUCCCGUGGCUGUUGUGUCUCCCCAGCCUCACAAAGCAGAAACUCCUCCAGCGGCAGAAAAUGUGGAGGUGGUUCAGCCCCAAGCAGAAAUCAGAAGAAGCAGUUUCCCUCUCACUAAUUUCAAACAGUUGCAGGGUCCUCCUCACAAUGACGCAGUGACUCUUCAGGCACUGACGAGUUAUGGCAAUGACCCUGCUCUUAAUACCACGGAGGGAAACACUGCCGGAGGAGUUAGUGCCACGCAUUUGGGUCUAGUGUACCAAAAUAUUAUGCCGAACCCUACUGCUCAAGCCCUCAUCGACCAUAAGUCUGGAAUGCGUGUACCACCUUUGCUGGUGCCCACCAGCCUCUGCCAGACGGAGAGGAAGGUGCAGAGUGCUGACAGUGCAGUUCAGGUGACGGAGGUUCAGAAGGGUGUCUCAACGUGCGAGGUCCGCCCAUUGGUAGCAGACGAAGGGCAACAGGAGACGCCACGGCCCAACCCUCCUCCUCCACCUCCCACACGGAAGGAAGGAAGAGGAUCAGACAGCAACAAGCAGUGGGAGUGUGACGUGUGUAAGAAGUCUUUCACCACAAAAUAUUUCCUCAAGAAACACAAACGCCUUCACACAGGGGAGACGCCAUACGCCUGUGCAGAGUGCGGCAAGACCUUCACCUUCCAACAGAGCUACCACAAACACGUCCUCUACCACUCAGAUGAUAAGCCGCACCAGUGUUCCUACUGCGGCCGGUCCUUCAAGGAGAUGUCCACCCUCCACAACCACGUCCGCAUUCACACGGGGGAGAAACCCUUCGUGUGCGAGACCUGCGGAAAGGCGUUUCGGCAGCGCGUGUCUUACUUGGUUCAUCAGAGGAUCCACACAGGCGUGAUGCCGUACACGUGUGAGGUGUGUCACAGAUCCUUCAGAUACAAGGUGAGCCUUCGGUCGCAUAAAUGUGAGCCGAGUGUUGCCUCCUCCUCCGGUGCUGGGAAGGACACCGUCGACACCACCCACAGCAGCCCCGCCCCGCCGCCCUUGCCUCCGCCGGCCACGUCUACUCAGCCCGCCCUGCCCACCGCCACGCCGCCCACGGUGGAGAUGGUGCCCGUCGGCUGUGUGGGUGACCAGCAGCAGCAGGAGCAGAGCCACCUGGGAGGGCCAAGGAGUCGUCCACCUCUCGAGACCAUUGACGUAGCGGCCAUAUCUUGCGAAAGAACAAUAACACCAGAGGAGAAGAGAUCGCUGCACCGGACACGUGGGGGGCGGGGUGGAAGCGGCCCGCAAGACCCCCUCUCUAUGGCCUUCCUGCACGCCCUAGUGGACCCUCAGCCAGGACGUCUUCAGCCCCCGCAGGACCCCUCCCUACCCUUCCCAAGCCUCUCGCCCGGUGCUAUCGAUGCUGACAUGGAUCACGACAGCUUCCUCACAAAUCUACUUAUGUAAACGUGCGGGAAUAGUCACUCUAGCAACAUUCUGGUUUCUGUAAGUCUCAUAAGGGUAAGAUUAUGGGGAUGAAUGGGGGUUGCGUAGUAUAAACAGCGGCUGGUUGGGAAACAUGCGGGUAUAGCUAAUGGAUGAGUCUUGUGCAGUCGUAUUCUCAGAAAUCACGUUUUUUUUUUAAUCUGUAUCUUUGUAUUACGCUGAGAGGUGUAAAAUUAAUACUGAAUUACAUCUCUCUCUCUCUCUCUCUCUCUCUCUCUCUCUCUCUCUCUCUCUCUCUCUCUCUCACACACACACACACACACACACCGGCUGGCGAUUACGAGUCCAACACGUGAUAAGGCCGUGGUGAUUUACACGAACACACACACACUUACGAAAUGCACAGUAGGUACUCCUCCACAUCACAUACCGUUGCUACUACUAAAUUCCCUACAACCAGCCUGCUAUCACAUGUAUCUAGUUAUGUAGACCUAAAGAUAGAAAAUAAAGUUGAUACUCUAUGUCUUA